AUGGCUCUGUCUACUGUGGUCCCAGUUUCGAAUACUGAGAUAAACCUGCGGUUAAUACUCGUAUCCGGCAAGACCAAGGAGUUCGUGUUCAGCCCGGUAGACUCAGCUGGCGACAUAGCGCUGCACGUCUAUGACAAUUGGCCCGAAGCCGACUGGUCGUCAGAGUGCGUCUCUCGUGCGGAGAUCCUCCGGCUCAUCUACCAGGGCCGCUUCCUGCACAGUUCGGUGACGCUUGGCGCGCUAGGGUUGCCACUCGGUCGCACCACGGUCAUGCAUUUGGUGCCACGCGAACAUUUGCCUGAGCCUAAUUCUCAUGAUCAACGACAAAAAAGUAAAGGCGGUUCCAGCAGUUGUUGCUCCGCAUCUUGCUGCAUAUUGUAA